UUCACACUGUACAGGAAGAAAAAGGUAACACAUCAUGGGUACCUCUUUCUGCUGGCUGGAGGAGGCGCCCUGGCCUUGGCCGCUAUGGGUCCCUUUGCUGUGCUUGUCUUCAUCCCUGCGAUAUGCGCUGUGUUUCUGAUCUGCGUGCUCAGCCCACAGGAAGUCCACAGGCAGACUUUCUGCUUUCAGAUGAGCUGGCAGACACUGUGUCACCUGGGUCUGCACUAUACUGAGUAUUAUCUGCAAGAACUUCCUUCCACGAGGUUCUGCCUCGCUCUUUCUUCCCUCAUGCUCUUGACCCAGAGGGUCACAUCCCUCUCUCUGGACAUUUGUGAAGGGAAACUGGCAGCAGCAUCAGGAGGCACCAGGAGCAGAAGCUCUUUGUCUGAGCAUCUGUGUAAGGCACUGCCCUAUUUCAGCUACUUGCUGUUUUUUCCUACUCUCCUAGGAGGCCCUCUGUGUUCCUUCCAGAGAUUUCAGGCCCGUGUUCAAGGGCCCAGCAACUUGUGUCCCAGGCACCCUUUCAGGGCUCUGACCUGGAGGGGUCUGCAGAUUCUGGGACUAGAGUGCCUAAAGGUCGUCAUGAGGGCAGUGGUGAGAGCAGGAGCAGGACUGACCGACUGCCGGCAACUCCAGUGCAUCUAUGUCAUGUGGUCCACAGCCGGGCUCUUCAAACUCACCUACUACUCCCACUGGAUCCUGGAUGACUCCCUCCUGCGUGCAGCGGGCUUUGGAUCUGAGUUUGGGCAGAGCCCUGGUGAGGAUGGAUACAUCCCUGAUGCAGACAUUUGGACACUGGAAACAACCCACAGGAUAUCCCUGUUUGCGAGAAAGUGGAACCAAAGCACAGCUCGGUGGCUCAGACGCCUCGUAUUUCAGCACAGCAGGGUCUGGCCGUUGUUGCAGACAUUUGCAUUCUCUGCCUGGUGGCAUGGACUCCAUCCAGGACAGGUGUUUGGUUUCCUCUGCUGGGCUGUGAUGGUGGAAGCUGACUACCUGAUUCACACCUUUGCCAAAUUGUUUAUCAGAUCCUGGCCGAUGAAGCUGCUCUAUAGAACUCUGACCUGGGCCCACACCCAGCUCAUCAUUGCCUAUAUAAUGCUGGCCGUGGAGGUCAGGAGCCUCUCCUCUCUCUGGCUGCUGUGUAAUUCUUACAACAGUGUCUUUCCCAUGGUGUACUGUAUUUUGCUUUUGCUAUUAGCAAAGAGAAAGCACACAUUUAACUGACAUCUUUCCCUGGCCUUCAACUUACAUAUCCAUGAAACAGAGUUUA